AGCCAAGAUGGCGCUGCUGAGGGCUGCGCCGAGCCUGGCGGCGGUGGCCCUGCGCCGGCGGCGGCUGCUGACUGCUUCUGUGCUAUGGCCGGCGGCGGGGAUGGCUGCUGGCGUCCACUGCUGGGUAGACGGCGGGCGGCGGCGGGGCCGGGCGCCUCCACGGACCGAUCAGAUUCUGCAGACAUUCAGACAAGCUCCAUGGCAGAGUUUGGGGAGAGGCUAUUCAAGGCAGUUAUUAGAUGCUGCAAAGCAUCUCCCAAAAUGGCCACAUACAGAAAAGAGAACAUGUUGGCAUGGUCAUGCAGGUGGAGGACUCCACACAAAUCCAAAGGAAGGGCUGAAGGAGGUAGACGCCAGGAAAAUUAUCAAAGCGAUGUUAUCAUACGUGUGGCCCAAAGAUAGACCAGACCUACGAGCAAGAGUAGCCAUAUCUCUAGGAUUUUUGGCAAGUGCAAAGACCAUGAAUAUACUGGUUCCCUUCAUGUUUAAAUAUGCAGUAGACAACCUCAACCAGAUGUCUGGAAACAUUCUGAACCUAAAUGAUGCAUCAAAUACAGUUGCAACCAUGGCAACAGCUGUUCUGAUUGGCUAUGGUAUUUCAAGAGUUGGGGCUGCCUUAUUUAAUGAAGCUCGAAAUGCAGUAUUUGGAAAAGUAGCCCAAAAUUCUAUCAGAAGGAUUGCAAAGAAUGUCUUUCUCCAUCUGCAUAACCUGGAUUUGGGGUUCCACCUAAACAGGCAAACAGGAGCUCUUUCAAAAGCUAUUGACAGAGGAACAAGGGGCAUCAGUUUUGUUCUGAGUGCUUUAGUAUUUAAUCUGGGACCCACCAUGUUUGAAGUGGUGCUUGUCAGUGGAAUUUUGUAUUAUAAAUGUGGUGCAGAGUUUGCAUUGGUAACUCUGGGAACACUAGGAGCUUACAUAGCAUUCACAAUAGGAAUUACACAGUGGAGGACUAAAUUUAGAAUAGAAAUGAACAAAGCUGACAAUGAUGCAGGCAAUGCUGCAAUUGACUCGCUAUUGAACUAUGAAACUGUGAAGUAUUUCAAUAAUGAAAGAUAUGAAGCCCAGCAAUAUGAUGGAUUUUUGAAGACCUAUGAAAAUGCCUCACUGAAGACUACCUCUACCUUAGCUCUCCUGAAUUUUGGUCAGAACACUAUAUUCAGCAUUGGCUUAACAGCCAUCAUGGUGCUUGCUAGCCAGGGAAUUGUUGCAGGGAAUUUGACAGUUGGGGAUCUAGUAAUGGUGAAUGGACUGUUAUUUCAGCUUUCUCUACCCCUUAACUUUUUGGGGACAGUGUACAGAGAGACAAGGCAAGCGCUCAUAGACAUGAAUACCUUGUUUACACUGCUCAGUGUAGACACAAGAAUAAAAGACAAAGAACUGGCUCGACCCCUACAGAUCACACCACAGACUGCUACCAUUGCCUUUGAUAACGUGCAUUUUGAAUAUGUGGAGGGGCACAAAGUCCUUAAUGGCGUGUCUUUUGAAAUCCCUGCAGGAAAGAAAGUGGCACUUGUAGGAGGUAGUGGGUCAGGGAAAAGCACAAUAGUGAGGCUGUUGUUUCGCUUCUAUGAGCCGCAGAAAGGAAAUAUUUAUGUUGCUGGUCAGAAUAUUAAAGAUGUCAGUUUGGAAAGCCUUAGGAAAGCUAUAGGAGUUGUGCCUCAGGAUGCAGUUCUCUUUCAUAAUACCAUCUACUACAAUCUCUUAUAUGGCAAUAUUGAUGCGUCAGCAGAGGAGGUGUAUGAAGUAGCAAAGUUGGCAGGGAUCCACGAUGCUAUCCUCCGAAUGCCCAAUGGCUACAACACACAAGUUGGUGAACGAGGACUCAAGCUCUCAGGAGGAGAAAAGCAGCGAGUUGCCAUUGCAAGAGCAAUGCUAAAGAAUCCUCCUAUCAUAUUGUAUGACGAAGCAACAUCAUCUUUAGAUUCUAUUACAGAAGAGAACAUUCUGAAUGCCAUGAGGGACAUGGUGAAGCACAGAACAUCUGUUUUCAUUGCCCACAGAUUGUCAACAGUAGUGGAUGCAGAUGAAAUCAUUGUCCUGAAUCAGGGUAAAGUUGCUGAACGUGGUAGCCAUUUUGAUCUUCUCACCAGUCCCAACAGUCUCUACUAUGAAAUGUGGCACACACAGAGCAGCAAAAUACAGACUAGCAAUAGUGACCAGAAAUGGGAAAAGCAAAAUAACCAUAUGUCCAAAGAGGAGGAAAGGAAGAAACUACAAGAAGAAAUUAUCAAUAGUGUGAAAGGCUGUGGAAACUGCUCAUGCUAAAUGGGGUGCAGGAAUUAUUUUCUACAACAGGUUAAAUGGCAACUUUAAUAUUGCACUGAAGCACAGCUCUUGUUUUAAAAAUCAAAUAAUUCAUACAGUUCCUGGUUUUGUUUUAUUUUUACAGUUUCUCAGUGAAGCGUAAUGUUAACCAAAGGAUUUUAUUUCCACAUUUUUUGAGAAUCUUUAAUAUUUAUUAAGAUCUUCAAGAGCUGAACUUUUUUUGAAAUCUCAACUUAUUGCUAAUUAACAAUGUAUAUUUUUAUGGCAGUUUCAGACAUUUGUACAUUUCACUGACAACUACUUGUCAGAUGACUUCUACUGUUUCAUGUGGCAAAGAUUGGACUCCCGAAGAUGUAUUAUUAUUGGACUCCCCCCAAGAUGUAUUAUUAAGUGGUACACAGGCUUGUUCUUAGCCUAUAUUAUUUUUCAUCAUUGAUGGUUGGUAACAAUGUUUUAUAUUUUUAAUGUAAUUCAGUUAACUUGAAUAUAUUCACUAAUGAAUAAGGUGUAAUUUAAGUUCUUAAAUGUCUGUCUGGUUUGGAAUAAUUUGCUUUUUUUAAAAAUCAACAAAGCAAAAAAAAAAACCCAAAAAACAACAACCUCUGAUUGCAGAGUCAAAACUGGAACCACUCCGCUUACUCCUCCAAAAUAACUUUUGUACUUCCCCCUCUAUAAAACAUCAAAGCAUUCCUUUUAAAGGUGAGCUAAAUGUAUUUUUAAGAACUGGAUGCAAGUCUACAUUAAGAAACUAUAAUGUUGAUUUCAUUUACCAAUAAAUGUUGUAAAGCAAAAUAUUAGAAUUAUAAAGCUUCUCCACUAUUUACCUGCCAAAUGUGUAGUUCAAGAGUCUGUGUCCUUGGCAUCUGCUAGAAUACCUAAACAGAAUGCAGUCAUCAACUUCAUUUCAGGCAUGGACAAGUGAAACCAGCAUGUAAAGGAGCGAUGCAUUUAAUCAUUUGCACGAGUGUAUGAGAAAUGGACCUAAAUGUUGUUCUGCCAAUUGCUCCAGUGGGCUUCUAAACCCAAGGUCCACACCUGUGAGGUGCUGAAAAAUUUCAGAUCCCCAUGCAACUUGUAGGAUUUUGUUGGCCUCUGGUUAUAGGUCCUAAGAUAUUGCCAUGGGGAAAUGUGCCAGCAUAAUUACACUGCCAUAGUUAUACUGGUAUAAUGUAUUGCAUAGACUUUCUUACUCCAGAAAAAGAUGCAAUUUUGGUUCACUUAUGUCACCAGUUAGAGUUAUACCAGUAUAACCAGAGGAGUAUAAUUAUGCUGGUAAACUUUCAUGUGUGAACUUGUCCUUAGUUGUGGCAUUAAUUGCUGGAGAAACCUUGAAUGUUGCGGUCAAGUCUUGACAGUUAUUUUUAGUGAACUGAAACAUUUAUUUGCUAUUCUGUUUGCUUCCAAACGAAAUAAAGUAAGUGAAAGGACAAGACAAAAGCCAAAGUUUUUAGGAAUUUUCACUGCUUUUGGAUGCUCAGGUCCCAUUUGCCUUUUGAAGUAAAUGGGAGCCUAAGUUCCUCUGAAAAAUCAGAUGCAGGAUGCUAUAGGACUGACAUUUUGGAAAGUGAAGCACUCCAAUCGGUGAAUAUCUCUGAAGAUUGGACUACAAAUUGAAUUUGUUGGGGGGCAGGCAGGGGUGUAGUAUCUUUUAAUUCAGCUGAACUUAUCAUCAGCUGUUGAUGAAAAUGUGUCAAUUUAAAUUACAAGUUGAGCUUUAAAUUUCUUUCAUUGUUGCUAGUCUGUUGUUCUCUUUAAUUGUGUAAGGAUAAAUUAAUCCAUGCUAGUAACCCCCCAAUUAAGAAUGAUUGUAAAAAAGUAUGUCACAGUACAAGGAUUUUUUUAUGGCAUUCAUAUUUUGUAGUUUUAAGGCAAAAUAAAAUCUUGCUAGUCUCUGGUGACAGUUCAGAAUUAUUUCUGUUUAGGGUCUUCCUUUUAUUUUCCCUAAUUGAAUACGUCUCUCUUAAAUUUUUCACAACAGCACAGCAACCCCAAAAAUAGUAUCAUCUUUAACUGCCAAAAACAGUUAGCAAAAUGCUGCUAAAAGCCACUUUGGAGACUCUUCUCCCCCUUUUCCUAAAUCAAAUUUUUUUUUUCCUUUAUUAUUGAAAGAAAAAUGCAGUUCAAUGAAUUUCUUUCUAUCUACUGCUGUAUAUGCCAAGUGGCAUACGAAAGUUGUGUUUAGUAGCAUUUCAAUCUUAAACAUGGUUUCCUUUGACACGUUACUUGAGCAUUGCAAGUUUUAGAAAUUAGCGCUACAUGAACAAUGCAAAAUAUCAAGAUAUGUUUUUCUCAAUGGAGAGUCGCCCACCUGUUGCCUGACUUAUCAACUGUAGUUGUUGCUGAAUGAAAGAUCUAACACUACUCUCGUGUUACAGGUGAUUUGAAAGCAAUACAGAUUUCGAUGCUGGAAUAUUAUGAUGUAGGAAACAUGCUUUGGCAGCUGAGUAAAUGCAGAAGUAAAGUUUAUGCAGUUAAUUACUGUAAGGUUUUUUUGGUUUUUGCAUGUAUUGUACAGUGAAUGUCAUUACUGUUGCAGGAGAGGGAAGAUCUUUUUUCAGC